AUGAGCGCGGAGCGCGGAGCUCGGCGGGCGGCGGUGGGUGGGCGGCGAGCGGCGGUGGAGGUGGCCUGGCGCCCGGUCAUUCUGGAGAAGGGCGCCUGUUUCAACACCCGGUUCUCAGGGACACCCUGGCCUGGUGGCCAGGAGGUCCUCUCUGGCAUCAGCAUCAAACGUCUGCCGCAGCGUGGGAAAGGCGGCACCCUGGAAGGAGUUGUGGAUUUGCUGCGGCAGCUGAAGACCAUGCCCAUGACCCUACACCUGCUGCAAUCCACUCAUAUUGGGAUGUCGGUCAAUGCUCUUCGAAAGCAGAGCUCGGAUGAAGAGGUUAUUGCCCUAGCCAAGUCGCUCAUCAAGUCCUGGAAGAAACUCCUGGAUGUUUCAAACACUAAAGCUGGGGACCUGAGGAAUAAGCCCCUGGCCUCAUCGCUGGUGAAGGAUGCCUCCAGGACAAAGUCCCACAGCCACAAUAGGCUGGAGCUGCCCAGGACUCCCGUGACCCCUCGGAUGACCACGUUUCCCCCAACACCUGUUACCUGCGAUGCUGUGCGCAGCAAGUGCCGCCAAAUGUUGGCCACUGCCCUGCAAACAGACCAGGACCACGUGGCCAUCGGCGCAGACUGUGAGCACCUGUCCGCCCAGAUAGAGGACUGCAUCUUCCGGAACGUGGGGUGUACAGAUGUCAAGUACAAGAACCGUGUAAGAAGUCGCAUCUCCAAUUUGAAGGACGCCAAGAACCCAGGGCUGCGGCGGAGCGUGCUCUGUGGCUCUAUUGCACCACAGCGCAUCGCUGAGAUGACCUCGGAGGAGAUGGCCAGUGAUGAGCUGAAGGAAAUCCGAAAGGCCAUGACCAGGGAGGCCAUUCGUGAACACCAGAUGGCCCGUACUGGUGGAACCCACACUGACCUCUUCACUUGCAACAGAUGCAGGAGGAAGAGUUGCACCUACACCCAGGUGCAGACUCGAAGCUCUGAUGAGCCCAUGACCACAUUUGUUGUCUGCAAUGAGUGUGGAAACCGCUGGAAGGUGGGCUAA